AUGGCACAGAUUUCACUCGAACUCGCUCACGCGAUCGCGGUAUGGCUAGAGAUAUUCAUCUACGGAAUCUACACCGCGCUAUUCGUCUCUACGCUUGCGUUGAUGUUCAAGGGAUCUAGAAGAAGUACGGGUGCAUGGGUGUUCUUUGUUGCAGCGUUGCUCAUGUUCUCGAUCGCCACACUUCACAUGAUUCUGGCCAUUCUUCGCUUUCUUCGUGGCUUUAUACUUCAUAGAGGCAAUUCUGGACCAAUUGGCUAUAUGUAUGACUUCACAAGGGCAGAUACGAUACUUGACAGCUCGGUUUUUUGUGUCAUUAUUUGGAUCGGAGAUGCACUCGUAAUAUACCGCUGCUUUUAUGUUUGGAAUCAUAAUUAUUGGAUAAUUGUGCUGCCGGCGUUACUUUUGACUGCGUCUAUUGGUGUCAACAUAUACGUGCUCUGGUGGUUUACGCAUUUGACAGCGGUUGUCAACGAAGCGGCGUCGUUUGGUCUGGUCAGAUCAAUAUACCCGCUAGCACUUGCACAAAAUGUCAUCACCACAGGACUUAUUGCAUACAAGAUAUACCACCAACAUCGCGCUUCAUCAGCCCAUGGAAUCGUCGACAGGAGCUCAAAACUCACUCUUUAUAGAAUUUUGCGCAUAAUGGUCGAAAGCGCUAUGGUCUAUACCGUGCAGCUCUUCAUUCUCAUGAUUCUGUACUUUGCUAAGAGCAAUGCGCAAGUAAUACUGCAAUAUGCUAUUGUCCCGAGCAUUGGCAUCGUAUUCGUCCUCAUUGCAAUUCGCGUUCACGCUGCAAAGACCGCUACUGUUUAUGCCAAUGGAAUGGGGACAAUACCUGGCUGGCUAGAAGACGAUGACGACGCCAUCGAAUUUAGCACCAACGCAUCGCUCCCACCCGGUGUCGUCACCUUCCGCGUCUCUGACACCGACAGAGACGACCGCGACGACUACUCCCAACCAUACGGCUCAGAUUCAUAUGCUCACAAACGGAUUUCAGCCGUUUCGAUCGUGGGAUCCACCUCAUCGCACAGCGGUGGAAAUUCGCCACAACCCCUGAAGCCGACAUCAGACGCGCAGAUCAAGGGUGGUUCGGAUUCCGAAUUCACCUGA